AUGAAUACGAAUUAUAAUCCAAGUAAAACAAAUACAUUACUUACGGAUGAAAAAUUUUGGAAACAAAUUUCUGGUGAAAAAAUUCUUCUCUUACAAAUUGACUCUAUUAUGUGUUCCAAUUCUCCACAUAAAAUAACUGAUUAUCUUCAAUAUGAUUUUAUUGGAGCUCCAUGGAAUCUUGUUGGUAAUGGUAGAUUUUCAUUACGUAGUCGAAGUAAAGUAUUAGCAUUACUUCAAUUAAUUCAAUACGAUUCUUUUCCACCAGAAGAUGUUUGGUAUGCACAAAAUUUACAUCGAGUAAAUGCAUCCAUUGCACCUGUAAAUAUAGCAAAAACAUUUGCUGUUGAAUCCGUAUUUUAUGAACGGCCAGUAGGUGUUCAUCGAUUUACUUGGGGAUGUAAAUUUCGUAGAAAAAUAAGUGAAACAUGUCCUGAAUCAGUAAUGGUUUUACCAAAUGGAGGAUGUUAA